AUGUCACCACCACCGAAUUCGACUUACCUUACGCCACAGACCACCAAGGUUCAGAACACAAGGCUGCGGUUACUCAAUGCCCUCCAAAAUGGACAGUACCCCCUCCUGACCUUCAUGGCCAUACCAUCGGUGCGGAUGGCACAGAUAGUCGCGUUGACAGGCCUCGACGGGAUCAUCAUCGAUUGCGAGCAUGGCAACAUCGACGACGCAGCAAGCCACGACUCUGUCGCCGCAAUCUCAGCACUGGGUGUAUCACCAAUUAUACGAAUCCGGGGUCCCACUCACGACAUCAUCAAACGGGCACUUGAUACUGGCGCACAUGGCAUCAUGGUUCCCCAAAUCAACACCGCAGAAGAGGCGCGGCAAAUCGUUGCAUCGUCGAAAUUUCCCCCACAAGGCGUUCGAGGACAAGGCUCAGCUUUUCCAGCCAUUGCACAUAGGUUGACAACACCUCAAUAUAUGCAGUCAGCCAACGAGACGAUCAUCACUAUGAUUCAAAUUGAGACCAAGGCCGGAGUCGAAAAUGUGGACGAGAUCUGUACCGUUCCAGGGGUUGAUCUUGUUUUCAUUGGACCCAACGAUCUUGCACAGUCACUCCUUGGCUAUACACCGGCCAAAGGGGACGAGCCAGUCUUUCUUGAAGCGCUGGACAAGAUUGUUGCGGCUGCUCGGCGGCAUGGCAAAUGGGCAGGUCGUAUGGUGAACAAUGGCACAGUGGCAAAGGAUGUGCAGAAGACUUUCGACAUGGUGGCGGUCACCGGUGACACAAAGGCUAUGCAAAAUUGGUACACCAGUGAGAUUGCAUUGGUACGGAAAUGA